AUGAGUGUAUACUGUACUGUACCGCUGCCUAGCCCUGGCCUUGCCGAGACCUCUUCUCUCCUCUCCUCUCUUCACUUCCCCUCCUCUCCCCGCAUCGCCUCUCAUCUCAUCUCCUCUUCCUCCCACAGGGUGCAGGAUAGAUAACUGUGAGUCCUGCUUCAGUAAAGACUUCUGCACCAAGUGCAAGGCAGGGUUUUACCUGCACAAAGGGCGCUGCUCCGAGAAGUGCCCUGAGGGCUUUGCGGCCAUGGAGGACACCAUGGAGUGUGGAGGUAAGAAGGAAAACAGCACAGACAUAUGUGCGUCUGAAAUAGCUCCCUAUUCCCUAUGUAGUGCACUACUGGGCUAUGGUUCAAAGUAGUGCACUAUAUAGGGAAUACGAUGCCUUUUUGGAGUCAUUCAUAUUGUGUUUGAAAUAUGGAAAGUCGACAAUGUGGAUCACAUUGAGGCAGGAUCUCCUAGAACUGAUUGACUUUACCCAACAGUCUUUAACCUUCUAACCUCUAGUAUAUGUUUUUGAAUGAAACAGUAGAAGGAUGGAAAGGACCACACACCAAGAGGUUAUGGCCAUCCUAUAGUCUUUUCACUAUGUACUGUAGUAAACCUUUGUUUGGGCCCUCCAUCGAGUCUCCCUGGUGCUACCCUUUAAAUACUCAUGUCUCUCCCCACACAGAGGGCUGCGAGGUGGGCCAGUGGAGCGAGUGGGGGUCCUGCACCAGGAGAAACAAAACCUGUGGCUUCAAGUGGGGUCUGGAGACCCGGACGCGGCACAUCGUGAAGAAGCCGCCCAAGGACACGAUACCCUGCCCCACCAUCGCCGAGUCCAAGAGAUGCAAAAUGGCCAUUAGGCACUGCAGGAGAGGUAAGACAUAUCACCGUAUUGGCAGACAGCUGUUUGGGUGGGUAGAUGGAUAG